CUCUGAGCGAUUACGUAAACCGGCCUCACUGCCCGAAGUGCAGUUUACAGCCCUUCCAGAUCCACACGGAUUAUAACGAGGAAACCGAAACACAACACUCGUCCAGUGCCUUUGAUCGCUAUGGAGUCCAACUCUAAGAAAGACGCGGAGAGCACGUGCGUGCUGUGCUGCCUUGACAUCGAUAUUUUUGCGGUGGGGAAAUGCGAUCACCCGGUGUGUUACCGCUGCUCCACCAAGAUGCGGGUGCUGUGCGAGCAGAAGUACUGUGCCGUCUGCCGGGAACAGCUCGACAAGGUGGUCUUUGUAAAGAAACCUGGACCAUUUGCAGCUCUGAACAUUCAUCAAUAUCAGUGUGAGAAGAAAUAUGACAUAUAUUUUGCAGAUGGAAAGACUUAUGCACAGUUCAGGAAGAUUUUGUUACAUGAAUGUCUACAUUGCCCGGAAGCAAAAGUGUUUUCCAAAUUCGAAGAGUUAGAGCAACAUAUGCGGAAACAACAUGAGCUUUUCUGCUGCAAGUUGUGUGCCAAGCACCUGAAGAUAUUCUCUUAUGAGCGAAAGUGGUACAACCGGAAAGAGCUGGCUCGUCAUCGACUGCAAGGGGACCCGGAUGAUACAUCGCAUCGUGGGCAUCCACUUUGUAAAUUCUGUGAUGAUCGCUAUCUGGACAACGAUGAGCUGCUGAAACAUCUGCGGCGAGAUCACUACUUCUGCCAUUUCUGUGAUGCAGAUGGAGCUCAGGAGUAUUACAGUGACUACCAAUACCUCAGUGAGCAUUUCAGAGAGAGCCAUUAUCUCUGUGAGGAGGGCCGCUGCAGUACAGAGCAGUUCACUCAUGCUUUCCGUACAGAGAUUGACUAUAAGGCUCACAAAGCUGCUGCACACAGCAAAAACCGGGCAGAGGCGCGGCAGAAUCGGCAAAUCGACAUACAGUUCACCUAUGCAUCCAGACAGCAACGAAGAAAUGAUGCUCUGGUUGGUGGUGAUGACUAUGAGGAAGUGGAACGCUUCAACAGACAGGGAAGGCCGGGAAGAGGACGAGCUCCUGGAGGACAGCAGAACGUAAGGAGCUGGAGAUAUAAUCGAGAGGAGGAGGACAGAGUGGUGGCUGCUGCUUUACGAGCAUCGAUGGUCAGCCGUGUACAGGAGGAGAGAGGUCACGUCCAAGACCGAAGCUGCCAGAAGCCACGCAAAGAAGAAACGAUGGAGCCAGAUGAGAUGAGAAAGAACAGAGCUACAGUGAAGCCGCCGAACGAAAUGCAAGCUCGAACAAUGAAGAGUAAUGCCUCUUUGGCUGGUGAGGACUUCCCAGUUUUAGGGGCAGCUGCGCCUCCGGCCCCCAUUCAAAGCAUGGUCAAACAAACUCCUGUCUCGCUGAAUGAAGGUGAUUUUCCAAGUCUGUCUGGCUGUGUAGUUUCCACCCCAAUGACACCUGCUUACACCAAUCAACCCAAGAAGCAUUCAUCCUUUCAAGAGGAGGACUUCCCAGCACUGGUCUCCAAGAUCAAGCCACUAAUGCCCCAGACGAAUGCAAAAUCUGCAUGGUCUCAAGCAGGAAGUAAACCUGUGGUGGUUCCCAAUAAACCUGUGGUUCUGCCAAACAAAACCACCCCUGCUGUCUCUUCAUCCAUAUUAUCUGCCAGUGACCCACCCCCCAGUGGUAGCGUGCCUCAGCCUCUCACUGCCACCUCAUCUCGACGCAAAAAGAAGCUUGCCCCAGCAGAAACCAACAAAGCUCCACCUAAAGUUAAGUGUCCAUCUUCGUCCGACGAUGAAGACCCCCAGAACAGUAAAACAGCCCAGGAGAUCCGUGCUGUACCUACCAUGCUUGACAUCUCCACUUUGCUGACGGUGAAAGGUGGAUCAUCUCAGCCAAAUCCCAAAACCAUUAAGAAGAAGCAGGCAACGACAUCAUCUCCUGGUACUCCCUCGCACACUGCGGAGUCAGUGUCCAAAAUAGCUCACAAAGAGAAUGUUCCUGAGACAAAACCACCAGAUACCAGUCUCGCCAAAGGUCCUACAGCCCCAAAAAUGAACUCCUUUAUGAAUGGACUGACAGAGAAGACAACAGAAGCACUGUUAUGUACAACAUUUCCUGAAAAUAUUCCUUCCCCUUUAAAGCAGCCUGGAAAUGACCAAGUCGGUGCACCCAAGGAAGAGGAAUUCCCUGCUCUUAUCUCAAAAAAAACUCCACCUGGUUUUAAAAGUGCAUUUCCCUUAAAGGGCAUUCAGAGUUUUCUCCCUCCUCCUCCUCCUGGACUCGGGUCUGUGGUCAGCAAACCUCCUCCAGGAUUCACUGGCAUCCCGCUCAACAGAAAUGUAUUGGAACCUUCAAUGUCUGCUGUUAACAGAUCAACACCUGCUAUUGGAUCCUACCUCAUACCUGAAAAUUUCCAGCAGAGAAAUAUGGACCUUAUUCAGUUGAUUAAUAAUUUUCUUCAAAAUGAUGAAACCAAAUUUAAUGAAUUCAAAAACUAUUCAGGCCAAUUUAGACAGGGUAUAAUACCUGCUACCCAGUACUACAAAAGCUGCCAGGAACUGCUUGGAGAGAAUUUCAACAGAGUCUUCAAUGAGUUGCUGGUUCUCCUACCAGACACUCGCAAGCAGCAGGAGCUUCUCACUGCCCAUGGGGACUUUAAGGCCCUUGAGAAACAGCAGCAAGGUUCAAAGCCCAAGAAGAACAAAAAGAAAGCCUGGCAGACAGGCAGUACCAGCAACAGCCUGGAGCUGGACUGCCAAGUGUGUCCCACCUGUAAACAGGUGCUGGCCCUGAAAGACUUUAACAGCCAUAAGACCCAACACAUUGGAGACGAUGACUUUCCCUCUCUCCAGGCCAUAAGCAAGAUCAUCAGUUAGCUGUAGAUGAACGCACAUCUUCAGCUUAGCCAACGCAGUCUGCAACACAGGGACUGGUACUUCACCAGAUGCUUGAAAAGAUGAGGGGUGAUCUAAAGUGCACACGUGAUGUGUACUUGCAUUUAGUUGAAAGUGUGGAAGUGUGCCGUUUCGAAGAGGAACAAUCAAAAUCUUUUCCAUUCAGAGUGUAAGUGGGACUGUAACCAUUUUGAAGGGGGCCGAGAUAAAUCUACUUGAAAGAUUGAGUUUUAACAUGAAUUCCUUUAAUUAUACCCCUUCAAUACUUGCUUGACUUAUUUUCAUCAGGUUUUUCCAAUGCUGUUAGCAUGUGUUUUUUGUUUUUGUUUUUUUUUUGUCAGGUUGACUGCCUUUAAAAAAAAAAGAAAAACGUAUUUAUUAAUUUUUUCAUUACUGUUUACAAAAUCUACAGCACAUUAAUAUAAAAAUGGUUAAUAUAUAGAAUUUCUAGAGUAAGGUACAGUGAUCAAUGUCGAUUUAAACAGAAAUGCAUUUUUGAAGAACAAUGAAUGUUUGUGUUUAAUUAAAUGAUCAAGCCAGGGAACAUAAUGAUAAUUCAGCACUCCUUAGGGCACAUAUGAUUGUCUGACAUGAAACCUCAGCACUUGUUUAGGUGUGAUUGACUUAUUUCACUAUUAUACACUUAAAUCAAUGCAAGAAAGAGCACUCAUCAGUUUCCACUGCCUUCAAAUAUUCAAAAAUGUCAGAGGCUCUAAACUUUGUAUUUUUCUUUUAAUUACCACAUCUCUGCAUUGUGCUUGUGCCUCUUUUAAAUAGUUCUUCACACUGCCAUAGACCACACCUCUGUUGUCAUUAAUCCAAGUCAGGAUAUCUACAGAAUAAAUGGUUCCUGGUUUAAUAUUUUAAACAUCUAAAAGUUUUUAAUUUGUUCUUAACAAACAGCAGUUAUCAACUCUUCUCUAAAGAAACGUAAUGUCUUAAAAAAUCUGAACAAGUUUUCAAAUAUUAAGGUGGAAAAGAUUUGCACUAUUUUCUGUUCCUAAUUUAAGCCCAAGGAACAUUGUGAUUAAUGAUCAUAAUUUAAGCAUUUGAAGGGGUAAACUGGGCCAGAACGGCCAGCUCUUGGGGUUCCCCCAACUUCAAAAUCCCAAUUUAACAAACACCCUGAGCGUUUGAAACCAUUUUUUAGUUUAAAAUGUGUUACAGGUUCUGGCUUCCAUAUCUCAAAGAUUUCGCUGAAACUGGGCAUAUUCAAGUCAUUCAAGGUACACAUUACAGAGUGAUCCACUCAUGAACAUUUAUUUUUUAUUUUUUUCAUAAUGUUUAUAACUGCAGUCAGAAGACAUUCCAUUGGACAACAACAAAUCUUUUGUGUACAAUUUUCACGAGAUGGGUUAUAAUGCCUGAAGGUACAGCAUGUAAUAUGUAUAAAAAGAGUCAUGGACAAGAACUCGAAAGCAUUUUUACUGGUGCAAAUUUUGCACAUUGUUCUUCAAUGAGGUACAAAUACAAAAACUAAACAAGGUCUUAUGUUUUUAGUUUUACUGAUCUUCAGUAUCUUUUACUUGUUAUCUGUAAUACUUGUUAGAGUUGCAAAUUUUGAACCAGCAAAACAUACCUCAGUAUAGGUCUCUGAAAUGGUUUAGUAAAAUUGGUCCAUGAAGCAUUUUAUCAGGAAACACAAGACCCUGACCACUUUCACAAACAUACUCCGUUAACAUGUUGAAGUACAGUCGCUAUCAUUUUGUGUAUGUUGCCCUAUCUCUGAACAUAGAAACAUUACCAAAAUUCUACCACAUAUCAGACAAAUCACUGAUGAUGUCACCAAACAGUUUCUUUUUUUUCUUUUUUUUUCACAACAGGGUGUUGUGUCCCAAACACCACUGUGUAAACCAUUGGCAUAGAUGUAUUUUAGUGACUUGCCAUACAGUUUUUUUUUUCUCCCAUUUCUAAUUUUGAAAACAUACCAAGUGAUGAUAUUGUUGAAGUUUGUAUACUUACAAAAUAUUUAAUUUAAAUGCUGAUAUAUAAUUAAACUUUGAUUGUAUCUUUGUGUUCAUCUUUUUCAUAAUACCAACUUAACCUUAUAUAACAAUUAACAUGGCUCUGUGUUACAUAACUAAUGGCAGUUGUGUCUUUAGUACAACAUAAAAUUCAUUAUUUCGUUUUGUA